GAGGAACUUAGAAGUUCAGUGUGACAACGGAUGUAGUUGCACGCCUCUCAAAAACAAGUCAAAGCUACACCAAGCAGAUUACUACACCCUAAAAAUAUUGUUAGUCGUGUGUUUGAGGAGGUAACGACCAUUCGUAGUUCUUUUAGAGCUUUCCAAGAAACCGAAGCUGGCCCCUCCGCUCCCCAUCACCAUGCCUGCUCUGUUGGAGAGACCGAAACUGUCCAACGCCAUGGCCAGAGCCUUACACAAACACAUCAUGAGGGAGAGAGAGCGCAAGAGACAAGAGGAAGAAGAAGUGGACAAAAUGAUGGAGCAGAAGAUGAAAGAGGAAGAAGAGCGGAAAAGGACAAAAGAGAUGGAGGAAAGAAUGUCACUGGAGGAAACAAAAGAGCAGGUUCAGAAGAUGGGGGAGAAACUGCAGGGUUUGCAGGAGGAGAAACAUCAACUGUUCCUGCAACUUAAAAAAGUCCUUCACGAGGAGGAGAAGCGUCGAAGGAAGGAGCAAAGUGAUAUUACAACACUGACUUCAGCCAGUUACCAAUCCAGUUUACCUCUGCAUUCAGGACAGCACCUUCUCAGCUUGCAAGGCAGUCCUGUGAGUCACAGCAGGCCUGGAAGUCUGUUGGCAGAACGUGGUAAACAGUUGUUUCAGACACCUGGUAUCCCAGGCCGUCACUUCCCCGGACAACCUGCUUUCACUUCAGGCUCUGCUGAGCAUGCUCAGUUUGCAGCCAACCCUGCGGUUCAUGAGGCAUAUGCAGUCACGCAGACUCAGCAUCCUUCCUCCUAUGGCCCAGCCGCAUCAGUCCCCAUCAGCUUUUCGGGAACGCAGCUCAGAGCCGGUGCUUCACCAUACCAGACCAUGCCGUAUCUGUCCCAUCAGCCACAGGGUUACGCUGUCCACAGCCACUUUGCUUCCCAGCCAGGAUUUCUCCCCAGUGCCAGUAUACCCCUUCAGAAGCAGCUGGAACAUGCCAAUCAGCAGUCUGGUUUCACUGACUCGGGUGCCCUGAGGCCUAUACAUGCACAGGCUCUUCAUGUAAGUGCUGCAGGUCUGCUGCCUACACCUUCACUGGCUGUUCAGAUUCCUAAUGCAAAGGCUCUGAGCUCUCCUCAGCCAGCUCCCCGUCACGCUUUCCUCUCCCACCCACAAGCUGGACAAAGAUUCUAUCACCAUAGCAAGUAACCAAAAGCAGACCACAUAAACAAAAUGUUUAAAUUUUUUUUCCCCCUGUGGACCUGUAACCAAAAUGCCCAUCACAGAGAGGGGGAAAUAAUGUUUAUAACUGUACAGGUCUGAUUUCUGUGUCUCUAAAAUGUAAAUACACUUUUCAUAUAGAUAUUUUGUGGCUUCUCUUAAAAACAUUAAGUGCAAGAACUUGCUCAAUAGUUUUUUCUUUUGUAUAAUGGAUACAUUUGUUGUCAAAAGUAAAUAAACAUGGAUUAAAGACAUCUGUUCAAGUGUGAUAGAAUUGUCCAAUUUUGUUCAGACAAAAUAAAUGCAUUAAAGCAGGAACUGUGUUUUACAUUUCCUGUACGUAUUUUCAUACGGACAUGACUUGUAAAAAUAGAUGCCAAUUGGAAAGAUUUACCUAAACAGACGUUUAUUAGCACUGUAGAAGUUCCAGUUGUUUUUACACCAUUAUAUUUGAUAAACAUGCCUAGUAAUUCUUAAUUUUGGAAUUUUUUAUUUUUUUUUACGUGUCUUUCCCUUGUUCUCUGCUGUCGCCUUCCCAAAAAAAAAAAAAAAAAAGCUUCAUGUACGAUCAGGCCAAGAUCAAUGACAACCUGAGGGAAAAUUUGAAAAAGAUGGCUUCUCCCACAGUAAAACAUCUUGUAGUUAAAAAAAAAUGAUUUAGAUUUAAUGGGAGGCUGCUCUGAGUAUUAAAGACAAGGUUUUAAAAGGAAUCCCACAUGCACAAAGAUUCUUAAAUCAAUUCGCAAUUGUAAAAAGUGCAAGAUGUCUCUGUAAGUGCUCAUUUCGAGGAAAGCAAAAACACCUGAGACCUUGCAAUCUAGCCUAGCCUGUUCAUGGAGAGAAAGAUAAAUGUACUAAACCACGCCUUGGCCUUUAGCACGGCAAAUAAAGAGCCCCAAAUCAUCAAUUAUCAAUGAAUGAUCACUAACAUGAUUAUAGUGACUUAAUAAUCUCUACAUAAUAUUACACUACCAAUCUUUGUGCAUUUUUCUGUAGCAGCUCCUUAAUUUAAAUAGUGUGUGCUAAAAGAGCCUAACUCCCCCCCCCUAAGAAAAAUGGCACAUGACCCAACUAACAUGUAAACCUAAAUUGGCUUGAGCAGUUUUUUUUUUUUAACCCUCUCAGAUAUUAACCACCUCUGCCUGAAAGCCUCACCCAUGUUCCCCCCAUCUCCUGUGUUCUUACAAUGCUUGCUUUCUGCAAAGGUAAAUGAAGAAUGUAUAUUUCAGUUAACUAGAUUUAUUAGGGCUGUCACCUAAAUAUUUCAUCUGAAAAUUUACAGAAAUAACACUUUUCCUACCAGAAGACCAUACAUUAAGACAUACACCAUGCAGAUGGUUUUCACACUGGGGUUAAGAUUAUAUCAUAUUUAAUAUGGAAAUGUUUGUUUCCUGUAUUUUUGGGUUCUGGAUAAUUACAUUUUUUCUUUUCCAAUCACUCGCUUUACUGUUCUUCACUUCCAAUAUGUCUACAAUUCUAUUUGAUAGAAAGCCAAAGUACAUUUCCUUCAAACUAAGAUUAUUCUGUCUAUUUAUUUGAAUGCAGUUUGAAUAUCUUUUUUCUAUUAACGCAAAUAUUUUGCUUGUUAAGAGUUUCAGUAUUCCUGUACAACGCCAGCAUACACUGUGUUGCAAUAACGAAUGCCCAGCAGACACAAACAGAAAAAGGCAACAUGUAGGUGCUCAUUUUAAUAUUAGGGUAUGAGAAUCUCUUGGUUUAAUACAGCUGUUUAUCACAGUCAGGGUACAAACAAAAGUUUUGCUUAGGUAAUAUGAAAGUAAAAAGAACUUAUUUCAACACCAAGUUCAGAUACGAGUCAGCGUAAAAAGCUGAACCCACAGGGACAGGGGGAUUCACCAAAUUAAAAUCAUCACUGGAGUAUAGCCUCUUUUAUAAGGUGGUAAGAGAAUGACAAUUGUACAUCGUGGUUCUCUCCAAGCCAGAGAAUGUACAGAGACAGAAAUCAUUGCCUGCUACCACACUCCCCCAGUGUUCCAUUUCUUCUUUGCUUAGGAACAGAAUGACUCCCUUACCAAUGAUCUUAUACAGACAAUUCAUUUUAAGACUACAGUUUCCAACAUUUGGUGAAACCAUUACUCUAAUCUGAUUCUUUUAUGUGCCCAAUGCUUAAAAAAAUGUGUAAACAGGAAAAUCUUUUAACUAAAUACACCCGUUUAACUCAGUAUCAGGAUGGCUGCCCCAUCUUCAAUAUUUUGACUACCAGAAGAUAAAGGAAUAGGUGAAGAGAGAAGAGACCACACUACAGCUAUUGCAGUCUCGUCUUUCACCACAGUGCCCAUAUUAGUACUGGCUUCUGCACACCAAUUGAAAAUGGGGAAAAAUUGUGGUAAAUGGGACAAAUGCAAAUAUAUAU